UUUAGCAAUACCGGAAGUUCAAUACUUGGCAACAUUCAACAUUCCAAAAUACAAAAUACGUUCAAGAUGAUGGAAUUAAACUUAUCUCGAGUUGAUUACCUCCAGGUUGGAGUAACAUCACAAAAAACAACAAAGUUAUUUCCUGGAGCUGUAGGCAAAACACAAAGGAUUGUAGUUGGUGAUCAAGAUGGGUUGUUACAAUGUCUUCAGAUGAAAAAAGGAGAUGCUCAGGUUAUAUUUAAAGCAGUUUCACCAAAGGGUAUAACAAGAGUAGAACUUGGAGGACCAGUAGGGGGUGCUAGAGAAAGAGUAUUUGUAUCAACUGGGUCAGAGAUCAAAGGUUACACAAAGAAAGGCAAAAACUUUCUUUCUUUUGAUACAAAUUUAUCAGAACCAAUACAAUCAAUGUUUGUAGAAGGAGCUGACUUAUUUACAUGUGGAAACUAUGUCUAUAACCAUUAUAAAGAUUGUAAAGACACGAACUACUUCCUGUCUGCUGAUAAAAUUAGUGAUGUUCUUUGUCUACCAAUGGAGAAGAAUGAUGAUAUUACCCCUGUUCUAGCCUGUCAAGAUAGAGUACUUAGAGUUUUACAGGAUGCUGAGUUGUUAUAUGAAGUAGAGGUGCCAGGUCCCCCUGUAGUAUUACAAUUAUAUGGUAAAGAAGCAGAUAUAUCUGAUGGAGGAGAGGAAGGCAAUGAGAUAUUAUAUGGUACAUCUGAUGGGAGAGUAGGACUUGUACAGAUUGGCAGGUUUGCUCCUUCACAUAGAUGGGAAUUACCUAAUGAGAAAAGAAAUGGAGGAGUUCUUUCUCUUGAUAACUUUGAUAUCACAGCAGAUGGUGUUUUAGAUCUGAUUGUUGGCAGGGAUGAUGGACUGGUAGAAAUAUACAGUUAUGAUGAAGCAGAGGAACCAGUACAAAGAUUUAAUCAUACAUUAUCUGAGAGUGUAACUUCUGUACAAGGUGGAUGUGUGGCCACACCAGGGUAUGACGAAAUCGUCUGUAGUACUUAUGCAGGAUGGGUGUCAACUUUGACCUCAGAACCUCUUAUUAAAGAAAGAGGUCCUGACACUUUCUCCCUUACAGCUGAAGGCAAGGACAAAAUCGUAGGCCUUAGACAGGAACUAGAUAACUUACAAGUGAAAGUGUCUACAGAGAGAGAGAAAUACCAGCAAUCAGCAGGCAGCAAGACAGCCAUAUCAGCAGUACCAGGCUUUAAUAUCAAUGACAAGUUUGUCUUAAACAGAGAGGAUGCAAGUUAUACACUAAGUCUAGAAUUACAAUUACCCAUAGAUAAUGUCUUACUACAGAGUGAUGUUCCUAUAGAUCUCUUAGAUGUAGAGAAGAAUUCCGCUGUGGUCAGUUACAGUGCUUGUAAUCCUGAGGAAGGGAAUUAUUUACUAGCUACAUACAGAUGUCAAGCCAAUACUACCAGACUUGAGCUUAAAAUUAGAUCUAUUGAGGGACAGUAUGGUACACUACAGGCUUAUGUCACUCCAAGAGUACAACCAAAAACCUGCCAAGUCAAACAAUAUAACAUAAAACCACUAUCACUCCAUCAAAGGACACAUGUGUUUGAUGAUAACAGACCACUCAACACAGUGAAGUUAACUGGACAGUUCAGCUUAGCAGAAAUUCAUUCAUGGGUCAGUUUUUGUCUACCUGAAUUACCUGAGAGGACCCCUCCAGGAGAAACUAUUACAUUCCAUUUUAUGUCAACAUUCCUGGACACUUUGUUAGAAUGUGUCUACUCGAAGGGAGAAGCUGUCUUCAGAUCAGAUAACAUUUCUACGAUAUCCAUUCUCAAAGAUGUAUUAACAAAGGAAGCUACUAAGAAAAAAAUCAGGCUUGAUAUUAGUUAUGAUAUAAAUGAUGAGUCUAUAGCAUAUACUCUAAACCUUAUACAUCCCAGACUAGAGUACCAGUUACUCUUGGCAAAGAAAGUGCAAUUAAUAGAUGCUUUAAAGGAGUUACAGGUCCAUGAGGAAGAUCUGACUUUUAUGUCUCCUGAAUACAGACAGAUCCUAGAGGAAGCUGAUGCAUUACAGGCGGAAUUCAAAAGACAACCAUGCCACCUUGAAAGAUUAUAUGGUAUGAUAACAGAUUUGUAUAUUGACAAAUUUAAGUUCAAGGGAGUGAAUGUAAAGGGAAAAGUUCCAGCUCUGUUAGAAGUUCUGGACAAUUAUGAUCUUCAAACACUUGUUGAAUUCUUCAACACAUCAGCAUAAUUAAACAUUUAUCAAUCCUUAUGAAAUCCAGUCGCAAGACUUACAGUGACUCUCUAGAAAUUAAUCUGCAAUAUUGAAAAAACAGCAUUUGUUGUUUGAAAUUAUUGAGAGAAAAGGAUUUGAGACAUUCCAUUUUGAUUAUAAGAUUACAAGGUAGAAAUACAAAUUUUGUUGUUGAAAUCUGUGGUGUCCGGUAUGUUUUAAAGAAGGUCUUAUUUAAUUUCACAUUUAAAGAGAAGAACAAUUCUAAUAAAAUAUGCAAAGUACUAUUGAUACUAAAAUGUUUUUAAAAGAAGAAAAAGAAAACUAUUUUUGUGGUUUCAUAACAGUUGCUUGUUUCUGAAAUUUAAUUUAGUGUUUUUUUAUUGUAGAAACUUAAACAAUAAUAAAAAAUCAAGUUUAUAUUUUAAUAGUAUAAAAGUAGUCCCUGAUUUCAUAACCUUUUAUGAACUUUUAUACUCCUCAAAUAGUUACUAGUUAUGAAAGCAUUGGUGAUAUCUUUCAAUAAUCAUAUUUUGAAGUAUAAAACUGUCUUAACAAACUGCAAUCAAUUAAAUAGAUACAACAAAGUGUUGAAUUGUAUGAGAUUUCAAGUUUGUCAAGUUACUAUGUCUUUAUUGAAUGAAAAUAUUUUUUCAUGACAGAAACUUUUGUAUUUUUAGAGACAUGAUUUUUAGCUGAGUUCCGUCCAUUAUACAUUGUUGUGUUUUGUAUUGACUUGUUAAAUUUUGUACAUGUCAUGUGAUUAAAUUAUACAUAUAA